AUGCUUCCCGCUCUCCUGGGAACCCCAGAGCGGGCGGACAUUGAGCAACUAGACUGUGAAGAUGCAAAGAGGUACAUUCGUUCCUUCGCAGCGCGCGAAGGCAGGGGCUUGCACUUCCCUGGAGUCACGGCCGAGGCCAUGAACGCUUUGCGGCGAAUGUUGAAAUUCAACCCCAAGGACCGCAUUUGUGCUAUCCAGGCACUCCAAAGCAAUUGGUUUAGAAAAAAUCCAAAUCACUCCAGGGAAAUGGCGGCGCCGAAUCAGGUCACCUUGGAGUUCGAGAAAGAAGCCGAAAUGGACGAGAAUCGCCUGCGAGAAAGCUUUUGGAAGGAAGUCAGCAAGUUUCAUCCAGAAAUGCAGGACAUGUCAGAGUGA